AUGACUGGUUACGAAACGCAGUUUUCUGCGGACACGGGAGCCCGGGUUGUGGCGGUGGUGGGUGCUGACGUGGUGAGCCCGUACGGCGGUGCCACGUGGGACGAAGUGAUACGACAAAUGGCUCGCAGAGUCAACUGGGUGGAACCUUCCGUGCAGCUUCUCGUCUUCUCCUCCUCGUCCCUCUCCCCCUCCUCCUCCUCCCACUCCCUCUUCCUCUCUGCCGCCCAGCAAGCCGAUCUCCUAUUGGCUGUCGCCGUGAACAGUGCCGAGUCCGCCGCCCAGCUCGUCCCUAUCUUUUCAGCCGCCCCUGCCCGGAUGGCCUUUGACUGCCACGUGUCGCUCUCUGAGCUCACCUCGCUGGGCGGGCUGAACCCGGAAAAGCUGAACCUGCCCCAAAAGCUCGCAGCAAAAUGGGGAUGGUGGAAGGAGGGCGCGAAGGCCGUUCAGACGUACACCCUGGUGGAGUCCUGCUGGGAGCGCUGCAGUGCUGAUGACAUUUGGUUUGUCAUCCUCGCUCUCGUCGACGCGUACAUUGUCGACGCGUACAUUGUCGACGCGUACAUUGUCGACAUGCCUGCUCUGCGCAACCUGCCACCCCUCCUGCUCUCUCAUCCCCUCAACCACCCCCAAUCCUGCUGGGAGCGUCGCAGUGCAGACGACAUUUGGUUUGUCAUCCUCGCUCUCGUCAACGCCUACAUUGUCGACGUGCCCGCUCUGCGCAACCUGCGGGCGGCAGACUCGUCCUCUCUGCAGUGCAUGGUCGGCAACUGCGGGCCCAUCAUCAUCGAGUGUUUCCUGGACGAGCAGUGCCGCACGGCUAUCAACUGCCUCAAUGAGUGCGGUCCCACGGACCAGUGCCGGACUGCUAUCAACUGCCUCAAUGAAUGCGGACCCACGGACCAGUGCCGCACGGCCAUCGACUGCCUCAAUGAAUGCGGUCCCACAGACCAGUGCCGCACAGCCAUCAACUGCCUCAAAGAGUGCGGACCCACGGACCAGCUCUGCGGGCUGCUGAAGCACAACUGCCUUGGCAUGACAGCCGAUACCUUACUCACCUUCCCUUCUCCCGUGCUUUAUCCCCCUUCCCAACUCACCUUCCCUUCUCCCGUGCUUGAUCCCCCUUGCAUCCACCACCACCAGGUGUGCAGCUAUCGCUGCAUUGUCUCUUACGAGACCCCCAAGUUUGAAGCCUUCUCCCUCUGCGUCCUGCAGAAGCACAACUGCCUUGGUAUGACAGCUGAAAUCCGCGACCGCCCCACCGUGCUCCCCCUCACACACCUUCGCGGGCAGCCCGUCACGCACGAGCGGGCAGAAGAUAUUUUCGUCGGGUGGCUCGGACAGCUGCCCUGGAGCUGGCGGGUCGUGGCCGGGCAGAAUGCCGCUUACGACCAGUUCCCGUGCCAGUUUCAGAUAUUUUACCGAGGCAAGGCGCGAGGCUCGGUGUGGUACGACCCUGUUUUCACGCCCCACCUUUGCACCCAUCUCCACUCUAUUCUUCCCCUCCUGCCAUUGCACCCUUUGGCCAUCCCUCUCCACACUCAUUCCUCCUCACGCCCACUGCACCUGUUCCCUAUCAUUCUUCCCACACAAACACACGAACAUCCAUCCAAUGAGAGAUAUGAGAUCAACACUCUUGAUGGACGGUCGCUAUGGCGCCGCCGCCACUACCGCGUGCGACGCGGGAAGGUUCCCGGAACCUUCACCUUCACAGUGCUCGACAACGGGGUGAUCUCGGAGGAAUCCUGGCGAAUCGUGGACGUAACAGACGAUUUCCAGUGGGCGCUCUUUUACUACAGUGGCGCCGCACGGGCGGCAGGGCAGUCGUACACCGGGGCUGUGCUUGUGUCCAAGGAUGGUGAGUGGCCCGGACCUGAGCAUGCGGUUCGGCUCAAGGCUGCACUGGAUCGGUGCGGGAUCAAGGAGUGGGAGCUGUACCGGGUUGAUAACUCGUGCUGUGAGAAUGCGCCCUUGGGAUUGCCGGAUGAUGCUCCUGCUCCUGUAUCAAUAGCAUAA